UCAACAGCCCUACUCUCAGUCUCUCACUCAACACUCACGCACACGUCUAUUCUCUCCUCCCUCUCUCUCUCUCUCUCUACGCUGCAUUCACACUCAGACCCUUACCCCCCUCUCUCUCUCUCACACACACACACACUUCUCUCUAAGUACAGCUUCUCCUGGGUUGUCCCUCUCUCUCUGUCUCUCAAAUUUUACUGUAGGAUCCCGAGAAACCCUAGACUUCCAUAACUCCUAGUUCUCUCAUUCACCAUUUCUGGAUAGCCCAACCAGAUAUACCGGAUCUGCACACGUUUCUCCACAUCACUUCCAUAGUUCCAUACAACGAUGAAGUUCUAGAAAAAUGGCGAGUUCCGACCCGAAUAGGCGUCCCCGCCCCGGUCCAUGGCCUCCCGCCCCGGAAUCCACGACAAUGCCACCAUCUUCUUGGGCCAAGCGCACCGGUUUCCGCCCCAAAUUUUCUGGCGAGACCAAUGCGAGUGACUCCGGCCAGAUCAUGCCUCCACCCAAGCCCAAAGAGCCCGAUGCUCGGGUGGAUCUUGAAUCGGGCCGACCUAGACCUGCUACGGCGGUGAAUGGUGAGCGGGGGACUGAGAAAUUGCCGCCAGUGCCGCCUGAGAAAGAGAAAGAGAAAGAGCAGACCGUGAAGCGGAGGAGGGAUUCCGACGGAGGAGCGCCAAAUAAUUCAUCCGUGAACGGGCAGGCUGCAACGGCUGAGCCGCCGCCGCCGCCGCCGAGUCGGAGGCCAGUGAGGAACGAGGAGGUUGUGGAUGUGUUGCCUCAAACAGUUGAUGAUGAUGGGUUUGUGUCUCGUCACUCGCAUAUGAAGUAUGAGCUUAGAGAUUCACCUGGUCUUGUUCCCAUUGGUAUAUAUGGUUUUCAACAUUAUGUUUCGAUGUUGGGUUCGUUGAUUCUUAUUCCACUAGUCAUAGUUCCGGCAAUGGGUGGCACUCAUGAGGAUACGUCUAUGGUGGUCUCUACUGUGCUCUUUGUAUCGGGAGUGACAACACUUCUGCAUACAUUCUUUGGCUCGAGGCUGCCCCUAAUACAGGGUCCAUCCUUCAUUUUUCUUGCUCCCGCACUGGCAAUAAUCAAUUCACCUGAGUUCCUGGGACUGAAUGGAAAUAAUUUCAAGCAUAUUAUGAAGCAGCUUCAGGGAGCUAUAAUCAUAUCGUCAGCUUUUCAAGCAAUACUGGGAUACAGUGGAUUGAUGACAGUAUUCUUGAGGUUGAUUAAUCCAGUUGUUGUAGCCCCAACCAUUGCUGCUGUGGGACUUUCUUUCUACAGUUACGGUUUCCCACAAGUUGGUGCGUGUCUUGAGAUUGGUGCAGUACAGAUUUUACUGGUUAUUAUUUUUUCUCUUUACCUUCGUAAAAUUUCUGUUUUCGGUUAUCGCGUGUUUCUGAUAUACGCAGUUCCAUUGAGUCUAGCAAUCACAUGGGCUGCUGCUUUUCUUCUGACCGAAGCAGGAGCCUACAGUUACAAAGGCUGUGAUGUAAAUGUACCAGCGUCAAAUAUAAUAUCCGACCACUGCAGAAGUCAUAUUACCAGGAUGAAGCAUUGUCGAGUUGAUACUUCUCAUGCGUUAAAAUCGUCCCCGUGGUUUAGAUUUCCUUAUCCAUUACAAUGGGGCACACCUGUCUUCCAAUGGAAAAUGGCUCUUGUGAUGUGUGUGGUGUCCUUAAUCUCAUCAGUGGAUUCUGUUGGCUCCUACCAUGCAUCAUCAUUGUUAGUGGCAUCCAGGCCUCCAACUCCAGGUGUUUUAAGUCGAGGAAUUGGUCUUGAAGGUCUUUCCAGUGUAUUGGCAGGUCUCUGGGGGACUGGAACUGGGUCUACGACUCUGACUGAAAAUGUCCACACGAUUGCUGUGACUAAAAUGGGAAGCCGCAGAGCAAUAGAGUUGGGCGCAGGCAUUUUGAUUGUCUUGUCCCUUGUAGGUAAAGUUGGAGGGUUUAUUGCUUCAAUUCCUCAAGUCAUGGUUGCAGCUCUGCUGUGCUUUAUGUGGGCGAUGCUUGCAGCAUUGGGCUUGUCAAACCUACGUUAUAGUGAAGCAGGAAGCUCCAGAAAUAUUAUCAUAGUUGGGUUGUCUUUGUUUUUCUCUCUUUCAGUACCGGCUUACUUUCAGCAGUAUGGCAUCUCUCCAAAUAGCAACUUGUCCGUGCCAAGUUAUUUUCAGCCAUACAUUGUGGCUUCUCAUGGUCCUAUCCAUACCAACUAUGGAGGACUUAACUAUGUCAUGAACACAUUGCUAUCGCUUCACAUGGUGAUUGCAUUCCUAGUAGCUGUAAUCCUGGACAAUACUGUACCAGGCAGUCAGCAGGAACGUGGGGUGUAUGUGUGGUCUGACCCCGAGGCUGCAAGAAGGGAGCCUUCUGUUGCUAAAGACUACGGGUUGCCUUUCAGAGUUGGUCGGGUUUUCAGAUGGGUGAAAUGGGUUGGGCUUUGAGAGAUGAGGUCUUUAGCUGUUGUGCCAAACUACUUCAAAUUCUCAAACUCAUCAAAUGCCAUUUCUGGGGGAGAAGAUAAACGUGUGCUGUGAUUCUAAAUUAAGUCCCAUAGGGUGCAUAUAGUUAAAUGGCAGUCUGUGAACUGUUUUUUGCUUACACGGUGGGGCAUCUUGGGACUAUAGAUCUUGUAGAGAUGAGUUAUCUGUGUACAUUGGAGGAUCCAGUGUGAUCUACUUUGUGUUGUAAUCUUAAUUUGUAAACCUUGUAUGUAAUCUCGAGUCAUUGGAAUGUCAAGACGGACUUUUUUUUUUUUUC